CAUGCGCAUAUGAGCAAAAACAUUAAAGAACAUGGCGGAUGUGACAGCAAGUGUUGAUCAAAGUACCGUGUCAGAUCGUGGACAAAACGCAUCUCCAGAAACCGUCGACGAUAUCUUACCCAUAGUUUUCCAAUGCCUUAGCUGUCAAGUUAUUCUAGGAGAUAGUUUUUCUUGGGUUUGUGCCGAUCAAGACCUGCAAGUUGUGGUUCUGUCAGCUGUCACAUCAAAUGUGUCAAUAGAAGAAGGAUUGGAGACGUCAACAGAUGGACAGGAUAUUGGCAGUCUCACAUUUAUUCCACUGAGAUGCAAGUCUUGCAAAUCUGGAAUUGGUAGAAUUUACAGAACCACACCUCUAGAACUUGAUAUGAUAAGGGAUGUUUUUUCAUUGGAUUGCUCUAGUAUUAAAAGUUAUGAGUUAGGAACUCAAGCUGGAAAGAAUUCUUAUAAAACAGCAGAUGAACUUCUAGACAUACCUACUGCAAAGGAUCUAAAAAAUGAAAUAUUGAAGCUACAAAGUGUUGUUGUGUCAUUGAAUGAAAGGCUGCAAUCUGUGGAAAAAGUCAUCCCAGAAACAGAUGGAAUUGGAAUAUCAACUAUUAACAAUGACAAUAAUACAUACAGUGAAAGACAGCCUCCACAUAGCCUAAACAAUAAAAGGGCAUACACAGAGAUGGAGAAAAAGGGGACUGUCCAUCAAAACAUCAAGCAUUCAAAGCGUAUAAGGACCUGACCUUCCCUAUGGAUUUGCAGAAUAAGAGAAAGGGCUCCAAAACUGUUCAGUUGUGGACUUUCAAACCAUUGUGAGUCUAGCAUAAGCUUGUGGCCCAGACAAAGGAGCAUGGCAGAAUGUAUUGCUAUUUAACAUGCGAUUGAUUUUAUUACAUUUUGUAAGGGGAGAUAUCAGUUGCGCUGUUCAGGGUGUAGGGCUCGGAUUAUGAAUUGGAUUAUGUUUGUCAACAGGUUUUUUGUUUGUUUGAUGCCGAAAUCACUUCUCUCGCUGUCUGUAACCGAUAAACGAACAAAGACCCUGUUGACAAACAUAAUCCGUCAAGCCAAUGCGAGCCCAACACCCCAAACAGCGCAACUGAUUACCCCUUAUAAAACAAACACCCAUGAGAUAUUGCAUAACAAAGUGGUUUAUUUUUGUAAUAAUAUCAAUGGCGCGUUAAAUAGAAACACAUUCUGCCGUGCUCCUUUGAUCCAGAGAAAAGGGAGGGGUGGCUCGAGAGGUGGGUGGUGAUGUGGCUGAAAAGUUUGUGAAAAGUUCAGACCAGCUCCUUUACUUGACUGAGAAGUAGAGCAUUAUUCCCCACUGCAACCUCUGGGAGGAGGGGGGGGGGGGUACAGUACUUUCUCUGUAGCUUCCUGCCUAUGGCCCUUAGGUACAAUGUGCUUUCUUGCUACCAUAAAGUGUCAGAGGGAAAACUCUGUAUAAAAACAAUUCUCCAUACAGGGGAAUGACCACCUCGUACCCAGGCGUCUCAAGUCAGUAAAAAAACAAGUGAAAAAUAUAUUAGUAAGCACAAUGGGCCAUGGGAAGGUUUAGUGCUGGUACAAAGGAACAAGGGAAGGGUCAAUGGGAGAGCCCUGUCACGCUAGUAAGCACCUGGGUACGAGGCAGGGGAGUGAUAGAUCUCUUGAAGAGGGAGACUCUGCACAGCAAGUGGUCGAGUCUAUGAUUUGCUUCUUUCACGCCUGCCCUCUUGCUGCACCCAACAUGGCGGAAAAACAUGACAUGUCACUUAAAAUAAGCUUAUUUCACAUCAAAUAAUGAUGAAAAUGCCUUUAAGUACUUAGUGAGUAAUAGCAAACAAAAUAUCAAAUGCGACAUUUUUUAAUUUAUGCAACUUUUUGUAAAAUGUUAUUGAAAUCUGAGCUUCGUUCCUGAGCCCAUGCAGCACAUAGCACAAGAACGAUCAGAAAAAUAUCUUAAAAAGCCAAAAUCUGAGUGUGCAUUUUGGCCUCACACUAUUUGUAUUUUGAAAAGGAAAAAUCAGUCUUUUUUCUCUCUCUCUUCGAAGUGUGCAUGUUCAAUAGGUUUUUCAGUCAUGGUGGUGCACCAAUAAAGAUGUGAACUCCUGGAGAAAAUAUAUUAUAAAAUGUUUUGUUGCUUCA